AUGAAACCAGCAAGGAAACAGGUAGACGAAUCCGUUCUUAAAGUAGGGCCGAAUAAAGUUGCUUCUGCUGAUCGAUCAGGAACUUUUUACAAUAUCUGGUAUAAUAAAUGGUCCGGAGGAGAAAAGGUGUCGAAGUUUACAAGAGAAAAAGCAACAACUCGUUGUAACAUAAAACUUGACGCUGGAGAGACGAAAGGUGACAAAAUUCCUGAUACAUAUUUUUGCCUUUAUUUUGCGAGGGGGUGUUGUCCAUUUGGGCAUGAAUGUAAUUAUUGGCAUAGAAUACCAACCGAAUCAGAUCCAGUUGAUACGACUAUCGAUUCUUUUGGACGAGAUAAAUUUAGUGAAUAUCGAGAAGAUAUGGGUGGCAUUGGUUCUUUUAAUAGAGAGAACAGGACACUUUAUGUCGGUCACGUGACAAUAUGCCCUGACAUGGAGGUAAUUGUACGAAAGCAUUUUGAAGAAUGGGGAGAAAUCGAAAAAAUCAAAAUACUUAAAGAUAAAGGAGUUGCCUUUGUGACAUAUUAUAGUUCUCUUAAUGCUGAAUUUGCGAAAGAGGCAAUGAGCAAUCAGAGUUUAGAUAGAAAUGAGGUGCUCAAUGUAAGAUGGGCUACAGAUGACCCUAAUCCUCGAGCUAAAGCAGAAUUUAAGAGAAAAGCAGAAGCCAUGGCAGCACAAGCAAUAAUAAAAAAUCUUCCUGCCGAGUUUACAUUAGCAAAUACUGAUUUUAUUAGUAAACGUCCUCGAAUAGACGAUAAUAUUAAUCAGGAGUCUUUAGCUUCUGAGGAAUUUCAAAAUUCGGAUGGAUUAGAAACUUGUGAUGACCAGCAAUAUGUUGGACAUCAACCAGAAAAUUUACAAUUGGUUAAUAACGAUUCGGAUUCAACUUCAUCCCUAAAAAGCAAAUCAAUUGUAUCUAAUGAAACUUUAGAAAGUUUAAAAGUGCUUUCACAGGGACUUAAUUUAACAAAUUAUAAUACCCCAAGCAAAACUACAACCGAAGCGCUCACAGAAUUGGCUGCAUAUGGAAGCGAUGAUGAUCAAGAAAGUGAAGAAGAAAAGAAUCACAGAUAA